AUGACCUUCCCCCUGCUAGACAUUGAGUACCAGACUUCUGGAGACUUUCUCCCCAGAACAGAGUACCAGACUUCUGGAGACUGUUUCCCUGGAACAGAGUACCAGACAACUGGAGACUGUUUCCCUGGAAUAGAGUACCAGACUUCUGGAGACUGUCUCCCCAGAACAGAGUACCAGACUACUGGAGACUGUCUCUCCGGAACAGAGUACCAGACUACUGGAGACUGUCUCUCUGGAACAGAGUACCAGACAACUGGAGACUGUCUCUCCGGAACAGAGUACCAGACAACUGGAGACUGUCUCUCUGGAACAGAGUACCAGACAACUGGCGACUGUUUCCCUGGAAUAGAGUACCAGACUUCUGAAGACUUUCUCCCCAGAACAGAGUACCAGACUUCUGGAGACUGUCUCCCUGGAACAGAGUACCAGACUUCUGGAGACUGUCUCUUCAGAAGAGAGUACCAGACUUCUGGAGACUGUCUCUCCGGAAGAGAGUACCAGACAACUGGAGACUGUCUCUCCGGAAGAGAGUACCAGACUUCUGGAGACUCUCUCCCCGGAAUAGAGUACCAGACUUCUGGAGACUGUCUCUCCGGAACAGAGUACCAGACUUCUGGGUACUGUCUUCCCGGAACAGAGUACCAGACUUCUGGAGACUGUCUCUCCGGAAGAGAGUACCAGACAACUGGAGACUGUCUCUCCGGAAGAGAGUACCAGACUUCUGGAGACUGUCUCUCCGGAACAGAGUACCAGACAACUGGAGACUGUCUCUCUGGAACAGAGUACCAGACUAAUGGAGACUGUCUCUCUGGAACAGAGUACCAGACAACUGGAGACUGUUUCCCUGGAAUAGAGUACCAGACUUCUGCAGACUGUCUCUCCGGAAUAGAGUACCAGACUUCUGGAGACUGUCUCUCCGGAACAGAGUACCAGACAACUGGAGACUCUCUCUCCGGAACAGAGUACCAGACAACUGAAGACUGUCUCUCCGGAAUAGAGUACCAGACUUCUGGAGACUGUCUCUCCGGAACAGAGUACCAGACAACUGGAGACUGUCUCUCCGGAAGAGAGUACCAGACUUCUGGAGACUCUCUCCCCGGAAUAGAGUACCAGACAACUGGAGACUGUCUCUCCGGAACAGAGUACCAGACUUCUGGAGACUCUCUCCCCGGAAUAGAGUACCAGACUUCUGGAGACUCUCUCCCCGGAAUAGAGUACCAGACUUCUGGAGACUGUCUCUCCGGAACAGAGUACCAGACUUCUAGGUACUGUCUUCCCGGAACAGAGUACCAGAUUUCUGGAGACUGUCUCUCCGGAACAGAGUACCAGACUUCUGGAGACUGUCUCCCCGGAACAGAGUACCAGACUUCUGGAGACUGUCUCUCCGGAACAGAGUACCAGACUUCUGGAGACUGUCUCUCCAGAACAGAGUACCAGACUUCUGGAGACUGUCUCUCCGGAACAGAGUACCAGACUUCUGGAGACUGUCUCUCCAGAACAGAGUACCAGACUUCUGGAGACUGUCUCUCCGGAACAGAGUACCAGACUUCUGGAGCUUCUAGGUUUGAAGGACAUGGCCUGAGUGGAUACUUGCUCAAAUGUGAAACUGUCAUGGUAGCUGAGCUGUAA